CAUUAAUUGAGGAAUCAUAUCGCAGCUCUAGCAUUGCUUUAGAGGAAUCGUCAUCAUGAAUGCUUUAGCAGCAACCAAUAGAAACUUUAAACUUGCAGCUCGUCUCCUAGGCUUGGACUCCAAACUUGAGAAGAGUUUGCUUAUCCCAUUUCGAGAAGUCAAGGUUGAGUGUACAAUACCAAAAGAUGAUGGCUCCUUGGUAUCUUUUGUCGGAUUCCGCGUUCAACAUGAUAAUGCUAGAGGCCCCAUGAAAGGUGGAAUCAGAUACCAUCCUGAGGUUGAUCAUGAUGAGGUGAAUGCAUUAGCACAACUGAUGACAUGGAAAACAGCAGUUGCAAACAUACCAUACGGUGGAGCCAAAGGAGGGAUAGGGUGCAACCCUGGGGAGCUGAGCGUCUCUGAACUCGAGCGACUCACUCGCGUUUUUACUCAGAAAAUUCAUGAUCUUAUUGGAGUUCAAAUUGACGUACCUGCGCCUGACAUGGGAACCGGUCCCCAGACGAUGGCUUGGAUUCUUGACGAAUACUCAAAGUUUCAUGGCUACUCACCUGCUACCGUUACUGGAAAACCAAUCGACCUGGGAGGAUCUUUAGGCAGAGAUGCAGCUACAGGAAGGGGGGUUCUGUUUGCAACAGAAGCUUUACUUAAAGAACAUGGGAAGUGCAUUGCGGGGCAGCGCUUCAUUAUACAGGGAUUUGGAAAUGUUGGUUCGUGGGCUGCUCAGCUCAUAAGUGAGGAAGGCGGAAAGGUUGUUGCGGUCAGUGAUGUCACUGGAGCUAUAAAGAAUGAGAAAGGGUUAGACAUUACUGCUCUGAUGAACCAUGUGAAAGAGAACCAUGGUGUGAAAGGGUUUCAUGGUGGGGAUGCAGUGGAUCCAAACUCUAUACUGGUUGAAGACUGUGACGUUCUAAUUCCAGCUGCUCUUGGAGGUGUCAUUAACAGGGAAAAUGCAAAAGACAUCAGAGCCAAAUUUAUUAUUGAGGCUGCUAACCAUCCGACUGAUCCGGAAGCCGAUGAGAUUUUAGCAAAGAAAGGGGUUGUGAUUUUGCCAGACAUUUAUGCGAACUCAGGUGGAGUUACUGUGAGCUAUUUUGAGUGGGUUCAGAACAUUCAAGGGUUUAUGUGGGAUGAGGAGAAAGUGAAUGCAGAGCUUCACAAGUAUAUGACCAGAGGAUUGAGAGGUGUGAAGGAUAUGUGCAGAACUCACAACUGUGAUCUUCGUAUGGGUGCAUUUACACUAGGAGUUAGCCGAGUCGCCCGGGCUACGCUUCUUAGGGGAUGGGAAGCCUGAGAAGGAUUUGGAUGCAUCUUUUUUCUUUUCUUUUGGAAUGUAACAGGCAGUAAACACCGUUUACUUUGCCAUGCGGGCUUCUUCAUCUUUAUGCUUCCUAAUGAAUAACUGACUUUUACCAGAUCAUUCCC